AUGGAUAAACUGCAGAAGUUCAUAAACGACACGUUUGCCACUGAUAAGAAGCAAAACGGAAACUCAGGAAUACUGCUCACGGCGUCGGCUUAUGUGAGGGGGGCGAUUGAUUGGGUUACUGGAGAGGACAUUGCUCGGGAGAAGCAAGAGAGAAAGAAGAAAAAAGCGGAAAAAAAGAAAAAAGAAGAUGAGAAUAAGAAGGCGAAAUUGAGGUUGAUCGCAGGCUAG